UGGCAAAGGCUGCGGCCUGAGAGAGAUGGUGGGGGCGGCGGGGCUCAUGGCUGAAGGGAACUGGAAGGUGUUGGAGCGAAGAGCCCGGGCCAAGCGCUCAGGUUUGGCUGGCUGGGGAGACACCCCCUCCCCUGCACCAGGGUGGUGCUCCCCCUCAAGCGCCUUGGGCGGGAGGCUGGUCGGGGUCCUGGAGUUGAACCUGUGCCCGCGUGUUUCCCCUUAGAAAGCAGACUGCGGUCCCGGCCUUCCUCUUCAUGUUUACCCCCACCUCCCAAAUUGGUGGUGCCCCCGACUACAUGUGUUUUUCCCCAACGCUAUUUCGUGUGUGUUCGCUCAGAAAUUAGGUGGUGGUGUCCACCAAAGCUGGAGUUUUACUCUUUAGAAAUCAGGCGGCUGCCAGGUUCCUGGGAAAGACAGCGGGUCGUCCCUCAAAAAUCAAAUAGCUUCAUUCUUAGAUGUGAUUAUGAUCUGGUCCUAGAAAACUGCCAGCAAAAAAGUUUUGCUUUAUUUCAUAUCUCCCUUUUAUGUUCUUCACAAGUUCUGAGCCCUAGCCGAUUACUAUGUGGCAGAAAUUGAGUGGAGACAGGGCCUUAGGCUAUGAAGGGGGUCACGUUGAGCGUGCUUAAGGGCUCUAGCGGGUUCCUUCCCUGGGCAAGUGGCCUCAGGACACAAAGUUCCCAGCUGUGCCUCCCAAAUCCAAAGCCACCGAGGUCAGAAGACGCUGCGCAGGCAGUUACUACAGUUGGAAGUGUCCUGAACUGACUUGUUCAAAUUGCAAAGUCACGUCUUUGAAGUUAGCACUUAGGGCCCAUCAGUCCUCUGAGAGACAGGAUUGAAACUUCCCUCGUUUCUGGCUGGCUGUAUGUAAUCUUGAGCUAAAAGUGUGCUUACAAAACAAAAGAUGGUGGGAUGACAAGUGUUCAUUUAAUCUUCCCUUUUAAAGGAUUGAUAUUACUAUUUGUCAGUGUUGAAAGAUGCUACUGUUAAGGAAAGGCAUAGCCCUAGAAAACUAAGUCUGUAUUUGCAUCUAUCCCUAGAGGGUUUUUUUUUCCUCAGCUAAUAUGCCCCCAUUAUGUUUGGGGUUUUACCCAAUUUAUGAAGUUCUUGGUUGUCCCUUGUGUAGUUUUCCUUUUUUAAAUUUGAAUAAAGUAUCUAAUUUCAUAAAUAAUACAGGAGAAAUUCAUCCAAUCUUUGUUGCUAAUAUCCAUUAUGUUUUUAAACUUUAUUUAUAAAGUUCUGCGCUUAUUUACUUAGAUUAUAGCAAAACUACCACAGAAGUAUGAGAGAAUUUUUUAACACUCCUUAGUACAUUUAAGAGUAAAUAUAGUUGGUAUAGUUUAUAUUUGUGUUUCACACUUAAAAUUUUUGUGUCAUAUUGAAGUAUUGAUUGCUAACAAUUGUUUAUUUGGGCUAUAAAGGGAAUUGGAUUGAUAAUAUCUGGUCAAAGAGAGUAACCUGAGUUUUCUUAACAGGGAACUGAGCUCUGCCCUCCACAUCUAUUUUACAGCAUUUCUCUUUCCUCUUAAUAAGCAUAUAGGAUUUAUUUUCUUUUCCAGUUUUUAUUUUCUCUGAAUUGCAUGUCAUAACAGUGAGCUUUGAAAACCUACCUUCUCUUUCUUAAGUGAGAAAAAAACUCAAAUUUUAUUUAACUUUUGUUGAAUGCAGUCACUUAAGUCCAGUUUCAUGUGCAAAGUAGUUAAAUGCAUAGUAUAAAUGUUGGAUGUUCCUAUAUUGUUUAUAUCAUUGUAGUAAGAGAUAGAUACUAUUUGAAGUCAUUCAAAUUCAUUGAGGUUUCUGGUUCUAACUCUGUAAGGUAUUGACUAUAUGGUUUCUUGAAUGAAUCCUUGACUUCCUAUGUCAUUGAAAACAACCAAUCUGAUUCUGUUUGUUACUUUUAGAAGAAUAUAUAAACUCAGCCUAGUUUGAAACUUGGGCUAACCUGGCUCUGAUAUAGAUGUCACUGCAAAGUUCUGAGCAUUGUUACAUAGUAGCAUAAUCACUGCACUGUUCAAUAGAGGAUGCCACUCUUAUGUAAUGUUAAUAAGUGGAUAUUAUGUAUUUCCUGCCUCAUCCAUAUAAGCAAAUGUAAUUUAUCAAAGCAAAGAAAAUCAAAUUUUCAAGUCAUUAAAAAGAAAAUAAAAUUAAAAUGAACCUCAAUUAUUGCCUUUGUUGCACACUGCAUCAUGUUAAUAACUGCUCACACUGCUUUCAAUUAAUCUAACGCUGAUUGCUUCUAACCUUCACUAAACAGUUUUGAAAAUUGCUCUAGUUUAGCCUGCGACGCUUAUGAUUAGAGUCAACAAUUUGAAAUGGCCAACUCACCUGAUGCCAUCGUCUCUUCUCCACCCGCUUUCUUAAGGUCUGGCUCCGUUUAUGAACCUCUGAAAAGCAUUAAUCUUCCGAGACCUGAUAAUGAAACUCUGUGGGAUAAAUUGGAUCAUUAUUACAGAAUUGUGAAGUCAACGUUGCUGCUAUAUCAAAGUCCAACCACAGGUCUCUUUCCCACUAAAACUUGCGGUGAUGAUCAGAAGGCAAAAAUCCAAGACAGUCUUUACUGUGCUGCUGGGGCCUGGGCUUUGGCUCUUGCAUACAGGCGCAUUGAUGAUGACAAGGGAAGGACCCAUGAGCUGGAGCACUCGGCUAUAAAAUGUAUGAGAGGAAUUCUCUACUGCUAUAUGCGUCAGGCCGAUAAGGUCCAGCAGUUUAAGCAGGACCCACGCCCAGCAACCUGUCUUCACUCUGUUUUCAAUGUGCAUACGGGAGAUGAGAUCCUCUCCCAUGAGGAAUAUGGCCAUCUUCAGAUAAAUACAGUGUCACUGUAUCUCCUUUACCUUGUGGAAAUGAUUUCCUCAGGACUCCAGAUUAUCUAUAACACUGAUGAGGUAUCUUUUAUUCAAAACCUGGUAUUUUGUGUAGAAAGAGUUUACCGUGUACCUGACUUUGGUGUCUGGGAAAGAGGCAGCAAAUAUAAUAAUGGCAGCACAGAACUACAUUCAAGCUCUGUUGGCUUAGCAAAAGCAGCUCUAGAAGCAAUUAAUGGAUUCAACCUCUUUGGCAACCAGGGAUGUUCUUGGUCGGUUAUAUUUGUGGAUCUUGAUGCUCACAAUCGCAAUAGGCAAACUUUGUGUUCACUGUUACCCAGAGAAUCAAGAUCUCAUAACACAGAUGCUGCCCUACUACCUUGCAUCAGUUAUCCUGCAUUUGCCCUGGAUGAUGAAGCUUUGUUUAGCCAGACACUUGAUAAAGUAGUUAGAAAAUUAAAAGGAAAAUAUGGAUUUAAGCGUUUCUUGAGAGAUGGUUAUAGAACAUCAUUGGAAGAUCCCAACCGACGCUACUACAAACCAGCUGAAAUUAAGCUCUUUGAUGGCAUUGAAUGUGAAUUUCCCAUAUUUUUCCUUUACAUGAUGAUUGAUGGAGUUUUUAGAGGCAAUCCCAAACAAGUAAAGGAAUAUCAGGAUCUUUUGACUCCAGUACUUCAUCAGACCACAGAAGGUUAUCCUGUCAUACCAAAGUACUAUUAUGUGCCAGCAGAUUUUGUAGAAUAUGAGAAAAGAAACCCUGGUAGUCAAAAGCGAUUUCCUAGCAACUGUGGCCGUGACGGAAAACUCUUUCUUUGGGGACAAGCCCUUUAUAUCAUUGCAAAACUUCUGGCUGAUAAAUUAAUCAGUCCUAAAGACAUUGAUCCUGUCCAGCGCUAUAUCCCACUACAGAAUCAACGCAACGUGAGCAUGAGGUUUUCCAAUCAAGGCCCACUGGAAAAUGAUUUGGUAGUUCACGUAGCACUCAUAGCAGAAAGUCAACGCCUUCAAGUUUUCCUCAACACGUAUGGUAUUCAGACUCAAACACCUCAACAGGUAGAGCCCAUUCAGAUUUGGGCUCAGCAGGAGCUGGUGAAAGCUUAUUUCCACCUGGGUAUCAAUGAAAAAUUAGGACUCUCCGGAAGACCGGAUAGACCCAUUGGCUGCCUCGGUACAUCAAAGAUUUAUCGCAUUCUAGGAAAGACUGUGGUUUGUUACCCUAUCAUCUUCGACUUAAGUGAUUUCUACAUGUCUCAAGAUGUUUUACUGCUGAUAGAUGACAUAAAGAAUGCACUACAGUUCAUUAAGCAAUACUGGAAAAUGCAUGGACGCCCACUUUUCCUUGUUCUCAUCCGGGAAGACAAUAUACGAGGUAGCCGAUUCAACCCCAUAUUAGAUAUGUUGGCAGCCUUUAAAAAGGGAAUGGUUGGAGGAGUCAAAGUUCAUGUUGAUCGUCUACAGACACUAAUAUCUGGAGCUGUAGUAGAACAACUUGACUUCCUACGAAUCAGUGACACAGAAGAGCUUCCAGAAUUUAAGAGUUUUGAGGAACUAGAACUUCCCAAACAUUCAAAAGUCAAACGACAAAGCAGUACCUCCAGUACUCCUGAACUAGAACAGCAACCAGAUGUCGCCAUUACCGAAUGGAAGAACAAGCCCACCCAUGAAAUUCUUCAAAAACUGAAUGACUGCAGUUGUCUGGCUAGCCAAGUCAUCCUGCUGGGUAUAUUGCUCAAAAGAGAAGGCCCCAACUUCAUCACCAAGGAAGGAACCGUUUCUGAUCACAUUGAGAGAGUCUAUAGAAGAGCUGGCAGCAAAAAGCUUUGGUCGGUUGUGCGCUGUGCAGCAAGUCUUUUAAGUAAAGUAGUGGACAGCCUGGCCCCAUCCAUUACUAAUGUUUUAGUGCAGGGAAAACAGGUAACUCUGGGUGCCUUUGGGCAUGAAGAAGAGGUUAUCUCUAAUCCUUUGUCUCCAAGAGUGAUUAAGAACAUCAUCUAUUACAAGUGUAAUACCCAUGAUGAGAGGGAGGCAGUCAUUCAGCAAGAACUGGUCAUCCAUAUUGGCUGGAUCAUCUCCAAUAACCCUGAGUUAUUCAGUGGCAUGCUGAAAAUACGAAUUGGGUGGAUCAUUCAUGCUAUGGAGUAUGAACUACAGAUCCGUGGUGGAGACAAGCCAGCCAGAGACUUGUAUCAGCUGUCACCUAGUGAAGUUAAACAGCUUCUGUUGGAUAUUCUUCAGCCUCAACAGAAUGGAGGAUGUUGGCUGAACAGGCGUCAGAUUGAUGGGUCUUUGAAUAGAACUCCCGCUGGGUUCUAUGACCGAGUAUGGCAGAUCCUGGAGCGAACUCCCAAUGGUAUCAUUGUAGCUGGGAAGCAUUUGCCACAGCAACCAACCCUGUCAGAUAUGACCAUGUAUGAGAUGAAUUUCUCUCUCCUUGUUGAAGAUAUGUUGGGGAAUAUUGACCAGCCAAAGUACAGACAGAUUGUUGUGGAGUUACUAAUGGUUGUAUCCAUUGUACUGGAAAGAAACCCUGAGCUAGAAUUUCAAGACAAAGUAGAUCUAGACAAACUGGUGAAAGAAGCAUUUCAUGAAUUUCAAAAAGACGAGAGUCGACUAAAGGAAGUUGAAAAACAAGAUGACAUGACUUCCUUUUACAACACUCCCCCACUGGGAAAAAGAGGAACAUGCAGCUAUUUGACAAAGGUUGUGAUGAAUUUGCUGCUAGAAGGAGAAGUCAAACCAAGCAAUGAUGACCCAUGUCUGGUUAGCUAGUGAGAAAGGUGUAAAAGGCUCUGUUGAGACAUGUUUUCUAGUAGUGUGUUAAGUUUUGUGUUGAAGCUUGGUUCAGGCCACCAUUAAUGUAUGGACUGAGUAUGUUGGUGAGGUGGUUGCCACGUCCUUGGCAGAGCCACUGGACCUCUUGCACUCCAUAGCCAAUCUAAUGGUAAGAAAUGCUGUAACUAGGUGGAAAAAAGUUCUGAUGAUUAUUAUGCCAACUACAAUAAUAAUCUUUACUGAAUGAUAGAAAUAGUUUAUGAAUUGAAAGUUCACUACUGCGUGUUUUAUGAUCAAAUAACUCAUCAAAAUGAAUCUUUGCUCUUUGGACUAAAUUCCCACCUUACUGCCAUUAAAAUGAAUUUUUCAGCUAGUGAUGCAUACUGGAUAUUGAAAGAAUGAUGAACUUAACUUAGUGUCAUUGUUAUACUAAAAAAAGAUAUUAAAAAUCAUAAAAGCAAA